AUGGCUGUCCUCGGUAAUGCCACAGUUAACGCAUCGUCAGCUAAUAUUGCAAAUGAAGAAAUUACACAACCUUCUUCUUUUACUCGGCCACCGUACCUUGAAGAACCUCUGGCAGCCACCAUUUUCCAGAUCUCAUUGUGGUCAACGAUCGCAUUUUUGGGAGUCAUUGGAAAUCUUUUAGUGUGCAUAGUGAUUCUAAGGCGUCUAAAGAGGACCUCGAUGAACCACUACUUACUAAGUUUGGCCAUAGCCGAUUUGGGGGUGCUGGUUAUCAUUUAUCCAGUGGCGGUAUGUAAAUACAUUGAACCAUUUGUUUGGCUACUGGGGGAAAAAUUUUGCCUGUACAUGAUUCCUACAGAGGAAAUAUUUUUCGGAGCCUCUAUUUGGUCGAUAACAGUUAUUGCAAUCGAAAGGUAUAGAAAUAUCGUCGGUGCCAACCGAUAUCAGGUUUGGAACAGUUCUAGAACAAGGACUGCGUUUGGAAUCUUUGCGGUGUGGUUGGCAUCGUUUCUUGUUUCGUGUGUUCCUCUGUACCCUAUCAUGAUAUACGAUCAGGACGCAUCAAUGUGCAGGCAUAAUUGGUCAAACCAAUCGUACAAAUAUACAUAUAACAUAGCUCUUGUCAUCGUAUGGUAUGUCCUUCCCUUGACUGUUAUAACUUUCACUUAUGUGAAGAUAAGACAACGAGUGAAAGAGAGCUUUGAAUUCCAUAACUCAAUGAACCUUGAAUAUAGCUUUGACGUUUCAAAAAUCACACCAUCUACUGUAACUUCAAGACAAAAACAACGGGAAAAAAUAUGGAGAAAGAGUAAUAAAACAGCACGCAUUCUUACACCUCUCGUUAUAUUGUUUGGUGUGGCAAUGUUUCCCUUGACUGCUGUCCGAUUGAUGUUUCUGAUAAAACAGGAUAUUUGGAAGAAUAAGUACUAUAACCUGGUAUUGGGUCUAGUGAACCUCUUCGUCAUCAUCAAUUCUUCGGCCAAUCCACUGGUGUAUUAUCUCACUAGUAAAGAGUUCAAAGAAGCAUUCAAGAAAAUCUUCAAGGGUCUACGAGAAAGGAAGAACGUUUUCAGCCUGAUUAGGCGCAGGUACAGUUUCCCAGCUUCAUCUGUG